UGUCACCAGACAUCAGUGACAACCAGUGCCCUAGUUUCUCUCAGUCUGAGUCUGGCAGUUAUAAGCUAAGACAUGUUUUCCCGUCUUCGCAAGCGUUUUGGGAGGGGGAACGUCGAUUGUGGACAGACUAGAGUGAAGGAAUCUGGCCUUUCGUCUCAAAGUAAUGAUGGACAGAGACAGCACUUCUGGGGAAUAUUUAAUGCUAGGAGAGAAACAUCUUCCCCUGAAACUGCCCCAAGUGAGAAUCAGGCCAAGAAGGAAAAAGAGAGGCUGAUUAAAGAGCUGCAGCUCAUUACCGAGGAGAGAAAUGACCUGAGAGAUCGCCUGAGGUUUCUGACAGAGAGAUCCAAAAACAACAGGCCACACUUCAGGCCAAAUCCAUAUUAUGAAGACCUGGAGAGAAUGGAGGAGGCGGUCAUGUCAAUUCUGCACAACUUAGAGAUGGAGAACACUGAGAUCCAUGAGAACAACCAUAAGCUGAAGAAGGAGAUUACCUUCUCUAGAAACCUGCUCAGCCAGCUCCUGAUGGAGAACACAUGCAGGAAGAAGUUGGUCCCACGGAAGCAGGGGAGCAAGGAGGGACAUCUUGAGUGUGCACUGAACCAGAAAUAUUUGGUUGACUUCAACAAGAAAGAUAAAGACCAGCAACGUCCAGACCCAGCAUCAUCUGGUCUCAGAAAGUGCAAGAGAGCUGGAAUUGGACACACAGCAGUAAGAGAGCUUCCUGAAGAAUAAGUUGCUUUCUCAGGAGUCCCUGAUGACAAACAACCUGAACGGUAACAACAUUUUUUGGAUGAGUAUUCUUCCUCAGAGUUAAUUUGUCACUUCUUAGAGACCCUAAAUUUAUAUAACACUAAGCCAGCCUGACUGAUUGAGGUCUUACUCACUUUCUUCUUCAGAAAACAGCACUUGAGAGACAACUUGGGGGACCACCUUUCAUUAUGUGUGCUAGAGGAGAAACAGCAAUACAUCUGUGCUUCUAAAUGUUCGUUAAGAAUAUGCUGUUUAGAAAUAUUUUUGUUAUGAUUUUAAUUGAAGUUUUCUUUUUGUUGUUUCAUAUUAAUAUGUUCUUGUUACUGUUUUUCACUUUCCAAUAUUUUUAAAUAUUUUUAUUCAUUCAUUUUAAUCCUGUUUUGUUGUAAAAAUGUAUUCAUUAUGAAUAAAUAUUGAUUUCUAUCUCUUGA